AAACACAUUUUUACCUACUCAUGAAAGUUUUUUUGUUUACCAAUGUGAAAAAGAAGCUAGACAGUAACGUGACUGUACCAAUGAUUAAAAAGCUGACUUGGGGUUUCCAAAAUGAAAAAUAAAUCAUCUCUGGCUAGAGGUAAAAGACUAUUUUUGUGUAUUCAACCGCUCAAAUUUUAAAGGGCGAAAAUAACACAAAAAAAAAUAUCAGACAUACACCAAUGGAAGAGAAAUAAAAACCUACAUAAAAUAAUAACAAGAAGAAUACAAAAAACACCAACGAUACUUAACUUUUAUUAAAAUAAAAUGUGUGAUAUAGACUGCCCUAAUUUGAUAGAUUUAAGUUUAGAUGAAAAAUCUCCGAACAAGACUGAACAUUUUCUACAACAGCCGUCCGAAAGCCAGGGGUUGCUUCAAUUUGUUUCCCCGCCUUACAAAAAACGUGAUAGUUUAGACAAUAAUCCCUUUGAUUGUGCGCAAAAACUGGCCAACUGCCAGGAUGACCCAUUUGAUAUUGUUGAGAGACAGGCUUGCCUUAAGGCAAAGCUUAGUUGCACCAAACCCGUUGUUGAGGUUAAGUUGGGCAAUUUAUUGUCCUUGAGUGAUGAUAAUCUUCUGGAUGAUGAUGGAAACUACGGGGAGUUGGGGGAGGAGAAUAGAUGCAAAAGCAAAAUGAAAGAUAUUGAUUUGGAGUCGGAAAGUCCACCAGUAACACUGUUACACAAAUUUCAAGGCGACAGCAACUCGGGUACCGAUACAGAUUCUACACCCAGCAGCAGUGCUGAAUUGACAUCCGCAAACAAAACGAAGAAGGCCAUGGAGUACAGAAAACGGCUAUUGAAGUUAAGUAUUACAAAUGCUGCCUUCAGUUCGCCCAUGUCACGAAGAGGCUCCCUGGAAGAGGUUGACUCCAUGAUGGGUACACCUAAAUCAUCAUCGAUAUCCAAAUCGACAUCGCCAUACUCUGAGUAUUCAUUGGCCUCUGAGUCGCCAUUGAAAUUUGUGGAAGAUGAUAUUGAUAUAAUGUCAGAAGAACCUCCAGCAUUGCUCGAUGCUGAAAAGAAUUUCGAAGCUGACUUGGAGAUGCUUAAGAUUCCCAUACUUAGUGAGCUACCAUCGCCGGUUAUUGACAAUGUUUCUGACUCUGUUGUGGGCACACACUCUGGAGCUGACAAUGAGCAAGUUGCAAUUAAAACGAAAUCAAAAAUUCUUGAUUUGGAAGCCAUUAAGGCCAAGUUAAAAGCCAAACGGGAAGAGAAGAAUAACACAAAUAACCAGGAAAUCAAGGCGCUUAUAGGUGAUUUGAAAUGCCUCAUUGAUAGUGGAGAUAUAACAAAUGACAAACAAAUGCAAGCUGCAACGCUUUUGGAAUCUCUUAGCUCGGUGCUGUCUUCAUCGCAGAAUAAGGUAAGUGCUCUGGCUCCACCACAGCCACAACCAAUAAAACGUCAAGGCACAUUCGACUUGGAACUACGCGAGGAGUCUGCAGAACAGAAUUUCGAAAAUCAACCUCUGGUAACGGAGAUGCCCAACUGCAUGGUGAGUUCAUCGGCAACUUAUGAUGGUGAGACGGCCGAUGAAAAGGAAGAUUUGCAACUGCCCGAAAUCGAGCCCGCAUCCCCACAAUCUCCAAAUGCGGAGACUACUUUACAACCCGAUGUUAAUGAUAUUGUCGAACAAUUAAGCAAGCUGUUAGUAAACAACAGCUCGGCAGAUGGAAGCCAGAACAACCAACAAAAUCCCACCUUCAUUGUGGUUAUGAACACCACACCCAUGCCCCAAAAGAAUAAUUCAAUAUCGGUAAUAGCACCUGCUGCCAGACAAAAGGCAGCCAUGAUAGCAAGCUAUAUGGAACAUUCUUCAAUUGAGGACUCAGCAUCAGAAGUAAAUGUGGCCAAGGCGGCAGCAACACGUAGAAGAUCACAAUCUUUAUCUCUGCAUGACAAAGUCAAAAUUGUCCAACUACCUAUUCAACCGCCCACUCCAAAAAUACUUCAAAAACAAAACAGCAUGGUGGUCAUGGAAGACGAGACGUCUCCGUCAACACCACCACCCACUGAAUUGGAGGAUCACGAUUUCAAGACACCCGAGUUAAGAACACCGGCACGCAUGGUGCGUCGCAACUCGUAUUCCAGUGGUACACCCUACACAACAACAGUAGGCUUAAGAAGGCCCAGCAUAAGUGGAGACAACAAAUCCUUUGGUCAUUUGCGCAUGACACAAACUCUAGAUACUCACCAUGAGGGUGGACAACAGCCGCAGCAACAAAAGGCCAUAGUUCGGCCCAUGUCCAUGUUAAGUAAUCAUAUGUCCUCCUUUAAGCCUGACCUUAAAAAGAAACACAAGGCCAAUACGGAGUCGAUUAUGAAAUCUUCGGGCCCCCUAAAAGCUACAAUACCCAUGAAAAGGGUAGCUCCCAUGCUGAAGACAUCACCGCCCACACCCGACAAUGGCUGCUCGGAUGACUUACACAAUUCAAGUGCACAACAAAAAAAUAAAAAAAUGCCCACCACACCAAUGGCUAGUGGACGCUCAUCGUCUCUAGGUAUACCCGCGGGUUAUCCCAACGCCUGUUCUACACCCUCUGCCUUUACCUCACCCAUGAAACGUUCCACCGCUGCUGGUGCUGUACCCAAGCCAAGAUAUUCCUAUUUAUCUACUACACCCAAUGCCAAACCAACAGUUGCACCUUUAAAUCCCAAUUUAAAAAGAAGAACGAUUUCUGAAUUUAAAGCCAAGUCACCACUAAAACCAAGAUCUUCAUAUUCAGCAAGUUCAGCGGCUGCAUCGACUUCUUUGCGUAGUGCUGGAGUAACAACACGUUCAUCAACAUCAAGCCGUUUGUCGACUUCAUCAAUGGCAAAACUUCCAACCAAAACUACAUCGAAAUUGGGUCCUAAUACUGCUGCAGUUAAACCGAUUGGACGUACAAAUUCUAGAUAUUCUUCAACAGCAUUGGCACCUUCAUCUCGAAAUAAAGAAAAUAAACAACCCUAAGCUCCUAUGGUGGAAGGUUUAAACUUCAUUUAUUUUUUUGGCAUGUUAUUUUAUAACUUUUGUACUUAAACUUUAAUGUUAAUUUAUGAACUAUAUCUAUGUGUUUCUUUGUUUAAUAUUUAGAGUAUUUGAUAAAAAAUAAAAACUGUAAAACCUUUUUGUCAGCA